GAAUUUUGUGGGGGUGUGAUGCAAAUGACAUGCGACUUGUAGCAAUAACACCUGUGACAUUAGUCAUAGACAGCAGGACAAGGAGUUUGGAGUUGUGAACUGUGAAGUUUGUGUAGUAAAUAUUUUCUGAAGGUAUUUACAAUGCCAUUAGAAUGGCUAUUUGGAAAGAAACUGACGCCGGAAGAAAUGCUGAGGCAGAAUCAGCGUGCGCUGAACAAAGCUAUGAGAGAUCUGGAUCGAGAAAGAGCGCGGAUGGAACAGCAAGAAAAGAAGAUCAUUGCUGACAUAAAAAAGAUGGCUAAAGAUGGUCAGAUGGAUGCUGUUAAGAUAAUGGCAAAAGAUCUUGUGAGGACACGGAGGUACACAAAAAAGUUUAUGUUAAUGAAAGCAAAUAUCCAGGCUGUUUCAUUGAAGAUACAGACAUUGAGAUCACAGAAUGCAAUGGCUCAGGCAAUGAAAGGUGUUACCAGAGCAAUGCAGAAUAUGAACAGGCAGCUGAACUUGCCACAGAUCCAGAGGAUAUUACAGGAAUUUGAGAAGCAGUCAGAAAUUAUGGAUAUGAAAGAGGAAAUGAUGAAUGAUGCCAUUGAUGAUGCAAUGGAGGAAGAUGAAGAUGAGGAAGAGAGUGAGGCUGUGGUGUCACAAGUGCUAGAUGAACUGGGAUUGCAGCUGACAGAUCAGUUAUCUGGAUUGCCACAGGCAUCAGGAUCUCUUGCUGCUUCAGCAGCUAAAACUCCUGCUGCUGCUGCUGCAGCUGCUGCCCAAGGGCCUAUAUCGGAUGCUGAUGCCGAUCUCCAGGCACGACUGGAUAAUCUCCGCAGGGAGUAACUGAGCUUGUCAUGUAUAUUCUGUACUUAACAGUGCUGUCACAUAGUCACUGUAUGUGCCUUUUGCUCUCCAGUACACUGUUUUACCAUACAUUUUGUGUACUGAGACAGUGUCAGGUUACAGUGAUUCCAUACUAAAUGUAGUGUAUGCCAGAAUGUACUCAAUGUGAUAUAUCUUUUUCUGCUGGCUUUGACAGUUGAUUGUUAAGUUGAGUGAGUUUUGUAUAUAUUGCUGAAGAAUCUUUUUUUAAAAAAAAAGUGCUUCUAUAUUUUU